UCCUCCGCUCUAGUACAAAAAACACACCCGUCCUCCUCCUCGUCUUCUUUCUUUCUUGUGGGUGCAAGUGGGCCCACAUUUCGAUGAGGGAAACCUAAGAAUCCACACAUUCCAAAGAUCAGCGGUAACCUUACGUUUCUCUUCACGAACACAUCCAUCCCCUCGGCCUCUUAUAUAUACUCAUCUUCUUCUUGUUUUUGUUUGAUCCGUGCGGCCCAUUUGCGUCUUCUUCUACUUCUUCAUCUGGGUAGCUUAGAUUUUGGAUGUUUGUGUUGAUUCUAUACUGGGACUCCUACCUAUUUGGGAUUGGUUUGGAUUCUUUGUGAUACGAGUAGCUCAAGUUUUGGAUGUUCUUAUUGAUUCCUUAUUGGGUUUUUGGUUGAUUCUUUUCCUUCGCUCUUCUUCUUCUUCAUCUGGGUGCCCCAAAGAUUGAACUUUCUGAUUGAUUUAUUGAUUUUAUGUGGAAGGUUUGGUAUCUGGGUCGGUGUUAUUUGUGGGAUUUGUGGUCUGUCAAUGGGCGCUUUGGAUGAGGAACACUUGGAUGAGGAACUUGAGAAUGGAGUGAAACUAGGUUGCAUUGAGCUAGGAUUUGAGGAAGAGCCAGAGACUGUAGCCAUUAAGGAUGCUGUGAAAGUUCUAUUGCAUGGUUUAGGGGAGGAUAUUAACAGAGAAGGUCUCCGGAAGACCCCUCUUCGGGUCGCCAAGGCCCUUCGAGAAGGAACCAGAGGUUAUAGACAAACGGUGAAGGAAAUUGUCCAAGGUGCUUUAUUCCCUGAAGCUGGUCUGGAUAAUGGAGUUGGUCAUGCUGGAGGUGCAGGUGGACUCGUGAUUGUUCGAGAUCUUGAUCUUUUCUCAUACUGUGAGUCAUGCUUGCUUCCAUUCCAGGUGAAGUGUCAUGUAGGUUAUGUGCCUUCAGGUCUACGAGUUGUAGGCUUAAGUAAGCUUUCCCGAGUAGCUGAUGUAUUUGCAAAACGACUCCAAGAUCCACAGCGGCUGGCCAAUGAAGUUUGUUCAGCUUUGCACCAUGGUAUCAAGCCGGCAGGUGUUGCUGUCAUUCUCCAAUGUUUGCACAUCCAUUUCCCUAACCUGGAAUCUGCCUUUCUCGACUCAAAUCACCAAGGAUGGGUAAAGGUUCUGGUUUCUUCAGGUUCAGGGGUUUUUGAAAAUGAUAAUGCUGAAAUGUGGGGUGAUUUUUUGAGUCUUCUAAAAUUUAAAGGCAUAAAUGCGGAGACAGCCCGUAGAACAGACUCAAGCAAUCAAUGUUGGUGCCCAUCCCAAUCUUCUUCAAGUGAGAAAACUUCCUCCAACAAUGGAGCAGCCAAUCCAGGAAUGGUCACUGCGGUAACUUCAAUUCUCAGGUCUCUGGGUGAGGACCCAUUAAGGAAAGAGCUCUUAGCAACUCCUUGUCGCUUUGUGAAGUGGCUGAUGAACUUCCAAAACAAUAAUUUGGAGAUGAAGCUGAAUGGCUUUGUUUGUGGUGGGAUGGAUCUUCUAAAACCUAAUGGGGAAGUCACCCCGAGCGAAAAGCAGAUCCAUUCUGAGCUGAACUUGUCAUUCUGGUCUCAAUGUGAGCAUCAUUUACUUCCUUUUCAUGGGGUUGUGCAUGUAGGAUACUUUUGUACCGAGGGACUCAAUCCUAUUGGAAAAUCCCUGUUACACUCGAUAGUACAUUUUUAUGGAUGCAAGCUCCAAGUUCAGGAAAGACUCACCAGGCAGAUUGCAGAGACUGUUUCAUCACUGUUAGGUGGAGAUGUGAUAGUAGUUGUAGAGGCUAACCACACCUGUAUGAUCUCUAGAGGGAUUGAGAAGAUUGGAAGUAGCACGGCUACAAUUGCCGUAUUGGGUCGAUUUUCAACUGACCCGGCUGCAAGGGCUAUGUUUUUGCAGAGCAUUCCAAACACUUAAUACUACUGGAGGAUGAUGAUUCUUUCCAAUACAAACUCUAAAUGUGUUUCUCGUCUCAGGUAUAGAUCCUCUCAUUUCUUUGCCUUUCUUGGCAGUGGUGCAGCAGUCAUGACAGGAAUAAGUUUUGAUGGAUCUUCUCAAAGAUGACUUGGAGACAAUCUGUGUCUCACUCAAGUUUUGUGUUAGUUGGUGCAGAGAAUUUGCAUGAUUUUUGAGAAUCUUAGGAUUUCAAUUAUUUUUUUCCCAUAUUAAUGCUUGUAGCAUAAACCCUUCAAAAGAAAAUUUUCAAGGGUAUGUCAUUGUUUCCAUGAUUAAUUUUUUAUACUAUUUCCAGCAAACACGAUCGAUUUACACCAGUUUGAUAAUUAAAGAAGAAUUUUUUUA